AUGUACAAACUGAUGAUGAAGAUUAUAGUUGUGAUGAUGAUGACGAACAGAAUGAGAAUGAAUGCAGGUCCUUCUACUUCUAAUGCUCGUGAAAAUAUUUUGAAUAUAGUACAACAGUUACCCGAAAAACAGCAGAACCAAAUAAUAACUAAACUUUUGAAAAGAAAAAUAUCCAACAAUGCAUUGUUGGAUAUUAAUGAUAACAAGGCUAAAGAUGAGCUCGUGUUAAAUACUCUGGGAUCGAAGGUUCGGGUAACUGUAAAUAAAAAAAAAGAAAAAGAAGUAAGAUUUUCUGCCGAAAAAUUAGAUAACUUCCAAGCUAAUACUGGAUCGUCUACAAAUUACAUGAAAAAAUUGGCUAACUUCAUUCGUAGUUCUGCGGGUAGAAAAUCAGUUCCCAUGAAUUAUAAUCAACAUUUGUAUAAAAAAUCUAAUAUGCUGGAACACCUUUAUAAAGAUGGUUUCUACGAAUUCGAAACAUCCAACGAUGGAAUUAAAAAGAGGCCAGUUGUGUAUGCUACUGCAUCAGAACUCGUAGACUUUAUCUUUGAAAAACGAAACAUUGAACACAUAGAACAAUCAAAAAUAAAAGUAAUGGCAGAUGGAGGACAAGAUUUCUUUAAAAUUUCUCUUUCAAUAUCAAUUCCAGAAGACGACUUGAAAGAAAAUGACUUGGAUAAAAGUAAAAACGUUUCAACUUACUCUACUGGUGGAAGUAUGGCAAAUAAACGCAAAUUGACUAGUGUGUUUAAAUUGCUUUUAUUAGGCAUAGUGCCUCGGAUUAAAGAGACCUAUGAUAAUUUUAAAAUUUUGGUUGAAUUGACGAAACUCAAUGAGAUUCCCUUUAAAUUUCUUGGAGAUUUAAAGCUCGUUCUAUUGGUCAAUGGGCAGCAAACUGCAACAGCUUCUUACCCUUGCCCUUAUUGCUUCGUCACAUUAAAUGAAUUAAAAAGUUAUGAUAAAAUGAUUGAGGAAAAUGAUAUAAGCAGUGAUGACAAAAAUCUUGAUUUAAAGACUUACAAACAUUUAAAAGAUGACUACUUUAAAUUCAAGAGCUUGGGUAACGACAAAAAAAAAUCUAAAGAAUGUCGCAGUACAGUUCAUCACCCUUUAUUUAUUGAAGACGGUACUACUGAAGAUGAUAACAUGUACGUACUUCAGAAGUGUAUUCCUCCUGAACUACACCUAUUACAAGGGUUUGUCAACCAUCUUUUCUGGGACGGUAUAGUUAAAAUUGAGGAAAUUGGAAAAGAUAGAGCUUUAUUGUGGCCGAAUAAAUUAGGUAUAUCUCAUAAGAGCUAUCAAGGAGAAAUUUUUGAAGGCAAUCAAUGUCGGAAAUUACUUAAAGCGGCUGAUAAAUUGCAGGAUCCUGAAAUUUACGAGCUUGCAGGACCACUUCGUUUACAGCCUUAUAUUGCUGCAUUUAAAGCUAUGAAUAAAAUUGUUGAAAAGUGCUUUGCUGCAAAAAAAGCUGAUCUUACUGAUUUUAACAAAAAUUUAAAAGAACUCCGUGAAGCCUUAAAAAUUUUACAUAAGAACACCAGAGCUCAAGAUAAAACAAUUUGCAAGUGUAAAUUGUGUGAACUUGUAAGAACUCCAGGACAUGAAAACUUUGCGAAGAAUAGAGUUUUAAAAAAAAGUUCUCGUAAGUGUCCAAAAUGCAAGACCUUGUUGCGAAAAGGAAAAGCGCAUUUUUGUGUUGCUCAGAAAUAUGAAAAUUUGGUGGAGCAUGUUAUGUCGGCGCUUGCUCCAAAAGCCCAAGAGCAUUUAGUAAUCGAUUUAAUGAAAAAUAUUACUAGAGAUCCAAAUAUAAAUCUUCAAAAACCGGGUGCUGAAGUUAGUUUGUCUCGAAGAUGCGGGAAAGCGCUGAAAGUAGCCUUCAAUGUUGAUGCUAAAACUUCACCUAAGCCAAUUGUUGCGGAAGAUGUUUUGACAAUUGGAACGGAAUUCGGGCUUUCGAAUAAUGCUGUUGUCGGUAUUGCUUCUGCCAUUCGUAUUUCCACUAAAAGUAGACAAAUGUUUGAACCGAAAUUAAAGAAAAAAUUACGUACUAUUAGACAUUCAUUGGACAAUUAUUUUACUGUUAAAGAUUGUAAUGUGAUUCAUACAGAGAAGAGCAAUAAGAAAAGUGAGACUACAGAAGCUUUAGUUUAUUGCAAUGAUAUCGAAGGUCUUCUAAAAGUAAUUCAUGAGAAAAGAAAUAAUACUGAAACGCAUUUAAAAUUCGGCAUUGGCGGUGGAGGUGGAUUCUUGAAAAUUUGUCUCUCAGUUCAAGCAACUAAUGAAGAAACGAAUAAUGGAGAAAAACGAAGAACCUCUUACAAAAGGACUACCGGGACAACUAAAUUUAAAGACAGUGGCGUCAAAAAGCUAUUUUUGCUCGGAAUAGUCGCUCAUACCGAAGAAAAUUAUGAAAACGUAGCGAUGUUGUGGUUUCUAUUGCAAAUAAAUAAAUAUGAGGCGACGAUAGCAACGGACCUAAAAUUAGCCAAUAUUCUCACAGAAAUUAUGUCCCAUUCGAAUUAUGUAACAAGGAUAUUGAUUUAA